AUCGUCCCGAUGCCGCGUCCCGAUCAGAGACCUUCUGAUUCUGGCUCAGAAUCAACAACAGAUAGCGAGGUAGAAAGCGAGGUAAGUUGAGAACGUUUGGGAAGGUUGCUCUUUAGUAAACCAUGUAACUGUUACCACGUGAUUGUUACAAAGAGUGUGCUUCUAGAUUCUCUCGUACAAAGUGGAACUAAUAUUAUAUCUUAAGUAUGUCUAAUGCCGUCACUGGAAACCUCUUGUCGGUAAAAUUUGGUCAGAAUGUUUUACCUCUUGCAUAAAGAAUAAUUAAUAUGCUUUUGAUAAUUAAAUUAUUUAAGAGCGCGGCGAACAGCGAUCUAUGAAGAAAUUCAUAAGGAAAAAUUUGGUCUCUGCUACAUCUUUUGAAACGCUUAUCCUGUUUUAGAAGCGAUUUAGAUGAAACUUUACAGAGGCAUUGUGGAAUGAAAAAAGUUUAGGGUAGUUGUUUUCUAUUUGGUAGGUCACGCGUUACGGCAAUGCUUUAAGCCACAGUUGCACCAAAUUGGGAAAUCGUGAUUUUGUGUCCAAGUUUGUAUAGGUAAGCACAUGAUUUUUUUUUCUCGUGCAAUUUGGAAUAAAUAAGCACGAGUAAAUUUUUUAGAGACCAACAAAAGUGCACGAGCCCGUAGGGCGAGUGCACUUCGUGGUCUUUGAAAAAUUUACAAGUGCUUAUUUAUUCCAAAUUGCAAGAGAAAAAUCAUGUGAUUGCUUAUUAAUAAUAUACACGAAAAACAUGACUACUACAACAAAUUUUGACAGCGCGCGCGUUUUUAGUUCAUUUAAGUGAUUGGCUGAAACAGACUACUACCUUUGUCUAAUUCAAACUUUUUCAAGACCAACGCUUUCAAAAUCAUUCAGCCAAGAACUUGGAAAUGUGCAAGGAUUGAUUUUAUAUGGUCACCAGCCUGUUAAAUAACUCGGUUUACAAUAAUCAGCAAAAGCUACAACAACAAAUUUUGACAGUGCGCGCUUUUUUAGUUCAGUCAAGUUAUUGGCUGAAACAGACUACUACCUUUGUCAAAUUCAAACUUCUUUCAAAAUCAUUCAGCUAAGAACUUGGAAAUGUGCAAGGAUUGAUUUUAUAUGGUCACCAGCCUGUUAAAUAACUCGGUUUACAAUAAUCAGCAAAAGCUACAACAACAAAUUUUGACAGUGCGCGCGUUUUUAGUUCAUUCAAGUGAUUGGCUGAAACAGACUACUACUAUACCUUUGUUAAAAUUCAAACUUUUUCAAGACCAACGCUUUCAAAAUCAUUCAGCCAAGAACUUGGAAAUGUGCAAGGAUUGAUUUUAUAUGGUCACCAGCCUGUUAAAUAACUCGGUUUACAAUAAUCAGCAAAAGCUACAACAACAAAUUUUGACAGUGCGCGCGUUUUUAGUUCAGUCAAGUUAUUGGCUGAAACAGACUACUACCUUUGUCAAAUUCAAACUUUUUCAAGACCAACGCUUUCAAAAUCAUUCAGCUAAGAACUUGGAAAUGUGCAAGGAUUGAUUUUAUAUGGUCACCAGCCUGUUACAUAACUCGGUUUACAAUAAUCAGCAAAAGUGUUUUAAAUUCAUCCUCGAUUAUGAGAGCUCGGCGUUUACAAGAAGCGUUUACAAGAAUUAUACUGCCGUUUUGAAAUCAGGAGAACGUUUCAAGCAGACAAAGAUGAAAGACGCUUGCUAAGGCUUUUUAACGACUGUUCAUCAUUGUCUGCUCCUGAGACCCCAUCAUAGCUGGAUUCAUGGAGAAAUUUUUGAGAGUUUAAAACCCGAAAAUGAAGGAGGCAAUUUGUUUUGUUCCAACGCUGCCAUUGAUGGGUGAGUGGAGCCACAGUUGUUGUGAUGUCGGAAACUGCCAGUAUUAAUAUAAUAUUUGCUUUUUCUCAGCGCUGGAGUUUUCAUUAUUUCAUUUGGCCCACUGCAAUAGUCAUCAUAGCUCUUCUUCGUCGGCUUCAUCGUAGUCGUUAAGGAAAUUUAUACCUCUGUGGCCUGUGACAUUGGCGAUAUGUUCUGAACUUACAACCUUUGCUUUCUUCUGCUUCCUGACAGUUGUUUUUCUUGCACAAUGAUUCGUAAACUUUUUUCUUACAAUAUAUGAAUAAAAUCAUCAACUUGCAGAGAAACCACGGUGGUCUAGUGGUUAGAGUAGUGGUAUGCAGACCCUAUGCUCCGGGAUUGGAUCCCCUCAUAUUCGAGGGAAUUUUUUUUCCUUUAAAAUUGAACGGACUUACAUUUGCUGAUCAGAAACUAAGUCUCUCACUUUAUUCUAAAUCGACGUAUGAUAGUUUGGUUUGGCUGUGAUUCUUCGAUUUGUCAAAAUUAUUGAAAAAAAUAUCGGACUGACGGUCAUUUAGUGUUUUGAAAAACUUGACCGGUUACCGGCCAUAUAGCCGCAGCCUUUACUAUUUUCCAAGCAAAUUUCCCUCUGUUCUAAAUCACACAAACAGCAUAAGAGCUACGAGCCCCAAAUUUAUGUAUCAUUUUUAUCAAAAAUUGAACAUAACUGCCCUCCAAAAUGGUUUAAAUUGGUGUUGGAUUCGUGAUUCGUGGUUGGCCAAUUUAAUGUUGUGUUUUCAUUGUCGUUUCUCAAACCUAUCUUGCAGCGUAGAUCACAGUCGAACAAAUUUCCUUAAACGUGGCAGAUGGAAUAGACAGUCUUAACCUCAGGAAUUUCAAGUUUCGUGUAAAUCGCUCGAUUUUUGUGCGAACAGUAAGACUGAGCACCAUAGUUAGAAAAUUUGCUCGUAUCGCCAGAUCAAAGCUUCAAAAUAAAUUUCAGCAAGAAUGAUUGAACUUAUACAUAUCAAAAAUCGAGAAUUAUCUGGCCACUUCCGACGCGAGCACGUUAGAAAAAUACUAAAACUCGCUCAUAAUUAAGUUGGUCACCUUAAACGCGAUCAAAAGGAAGAUAAUUUCCAAAUUUAGGUCAUCACUGACAAAGAUUUUGGAUAGCCCUCUCAGCCUCAUAUCACCUUCACUAUUCCUUGCCUAUGGCAGCAUUUCUACCCUUUAGCUAUACUAGUAUACUUUUUAUAUCACAUCUGAGGUGAAACAGUACUAUGAGGCGCUGUAUUUAUCAUUCAGACCUUGGACAGAAUGCAGUAUUUCACAAUUUUUCAAGACAAAUUGCACUCAGUCAAUAUUCAGGACGAUCAAUCGUGGGCCGUUAACGAAACCGUUCAAAAAAUUUCCAAAAUCACCUAUACGGCCAGCCGGUUCUCACUUUUGGCAAGCGGUCGAGUGUGUGAAUUGACAUUAAGCAAGCUAUGCAGCCUUCACUUUUAGUCUGCGGCACUGGUGGACAUAUUUCCUAAGAACAUUACCGGAUAUUGCAGAUCUUGAACCACUCGAGUGCGCGAUUAAUGAGGUUCUUAUACCAGCUGUCACUGUCCAUACAGUCACUAAAGUAGAGCGCGACCUCCUUGGUCUGCCUGUACGCAUGGGAGGCCUUGGAUUUACAGAUCCUGUAGAGACCUCAUCUUCUGAAUACGAGGCUUCAAUAAAAGUUACUAAUCCGCUCGUGAGGCGAAUUGUUGAGCAAGAGCACCAGCCUCCAGAUGCCUCAGAAAGUCGAACACUGCAACUGAGCACACGAAAACAAAAAGACGACUGUCUAAGUGAGAGGCUGGAGCAGGUGAAGAACUCCCUGCCAACAGAAUCGAAGCGAGCUGUUGAGUUAGCUACAGAGAAGAGAUCAUCAAAUUGGCUGACCGUGAUUCCCCUAAAAGAGCUGGAUUACAAUCUGAAUAAGAAGGAAUUUAGAGAUGUAAUCAAGUUACGUUACGACUGGGAAAUAACGGACACGCCCAUGAUCUGCGCAUGCGGUGUUCAAUUUAGCGUGGAUCACGCAAUGGUGUGUCAGGGUGGCGGAUUCAUUAUCCAGCGCCAUAACGAACUGCUCGACUUGGAAGCAGAAAUGCUAAAGAUGGUCUGCAAUGAUGUGGAAGUAGAGCCGGUCCUUCGGGAGGUCACUGGGGAGACAUUAAAUCCUGGCGCUAACAAAAUCGCUGAUGCCCGUUUGGAUAUUCAUGCUCGAGGUUUUGGGGAGAGACAGAGAGAUCUGCAUUCUUCGACGUUCGGGUGUGUCACCCUAAUGCAGACUCUUACAGAGACUUGACUCCUAAGCAAAUCUACAAGAAGCAUGAGAACGAGAAGAAGAGGCAGUAUGCGGAAAGAGUAAUGGAGAUCGAACAGGGAACGUUCACUCCCCUAGUUUUCACGAUUACAGGUGGAAUUGCUGAUGAUUGUGUUAAGUACCACGGCAGACUUGCGGAGCUGAUCGCAAAUAAGAAGGGAGAAAGUUACUUAAUCGCAAUUUCCUGGAUAAGAGCUAAAGUAUCUUUUGCCAUCGUACGCUCUGCAAUACUAUGCUUGAGAGACUCAAGAUCCAGAGGACGACAGCUAGACUUUGUUGACUCAGAUCCACAGAUCGAAAAUAUUAGAGCCUGCCCGAAUUAAUGAAUUUUUUUUUAAGAACUGUUUUUUAAAGAAUUAGGAAUUUAGGAAUACAAGAUUUUAUUAUUUUUAACUUGUUUCUUUUUAAUAUUAGAGACGGAUGAUUCUAUUUGGUAAUGACUAAAUUUAAAACUCUGGACUGCCUGCAAGAGUUAUUGAUCGCAUCUGAGCCGCGAGGAAUUUAUUUGGGAAAUCGUUAUUGACACAGUGAUUGUUAUUUUUAUGAUUUAUAUAACUCUUAAUGUUAUUUUGUGCUUAAUUCUUACUUCAAAUAUUUCUGUAAAUUAUGUACAUAUUUUUUUAAAGUUGAAUAAAAUUGUUGUAUUAUUAUAAUAAAAAUUAAAUUUGAAAGUGGUUAGACAAAUGAUGAUUUUCACAAUUGAGGCAACUGUCUAGUGGUUUGAAACAUCUUACGAGUGGUCAAACUAUUAUUAUUGUUCAGUAAAUUAUCACAUGUUUGCAUGCAUUAGGAAUUUUUUUGUCAUGUGUCAUAAAAUGAUGGUACUGCAGUAGUUGGAGAAAUAUUUAACUCUGUCUUGAGCAAUAAAACAGAUCAAAUAUGUGCAGCAACACUUUCCCUCAAGUUAUAGCAAGGCAGCAUACUACUCAUUAACGAGCUAACAUUUUUAAAAUGGAAGUGAACACAAGGUCCUGAGCAUGCAAAUAUGGCAUAGGGCACACAAGAGUUACUGUAUGUUUGGCUUUGAUUCCAGUUAAAUUCACAGACGUGUAACAGUUACCCUCUCUUUAUCCCCUCUGUUUACGCUAGAACUGGAUACACAUGUAUGUACUUGGGCCACGCUUUUUCCAGUAAUUAUUGGAACAAGCGUGGCCAAAAGGGCAAUUCUAUAUAGUACAAUUUAUAAAAAACAGUGAGUCCCAUACAAAAUGUGGACCGUAACUUGACAUAAACAAAAGUCAAUGUUUACUCCUGCUAUCACACCAAGUGGAUGGGUUGCCAAUAGUUGCUCAUUCAAGAUUCAAAACAAAAGCUGAUUUCCAUGUAAUUUGGAUGCACCUAAGUAUUAAGUGUUUUUUAUUCAACAUGGACGUCUGCUUUUCACAGAGAGAACAAUAUAAAACUGAUAAGAAUGCAGCAAUUCCUUCAAAAACUGGUAAGAAGUAUAAAUCUCAGUGGGUGAUCAUGUCAAUAUAACGGGUUAAAUUUGAUUUCAAGUAAUUAUUCUCAAUUUCCUUCUUCUCUAUGGGCUAGGAAACAAAGGAAAAUGACUAUCAACCAGGGUUAAAUCAAGAUUAACCUGAAAACAAAUUUGACCAUAACAAUGCUUUGCAUGAAUUCUCACUGGUUGAGAAAUGGUUAGAAAUGCAUUAAUGUUCAGAAUAUUACAUGUACUCUCUCGUUUCUGGUAAUCUUAUGCUUCCUACGAUGUUCAUUAGGUGUCUGGUUUGUCCUUUGUUCUUCCCAGCGAAAGCGGUUUACAUGGACCUGGGAUCAUCCUCUUGCAAGGAUCUUCCUACCUCUCCGCUAGGAAGAUCUUAGUGCCCUGGAAUAGUAUAACCCUAACCUUUGCAUGUAAACCAAAUACAGAAAAUAUAAGGCGCUCUGAUGAUAUGCCUUCCUAAUGCUAUGUAGAAUCUUAGCUUUCUUCCUUCAAGUAAAAGGCCACUUAGGUGCUCUUUUUACCAGCAACAUCGGGUAGUUUCAAUCCCCCCGGCCGCCCACCUAGCACUGAAUAUCAUGUCCAAACUCUUUGCCUCACAUACAUGCUACAUUUUUUAAAUUAAAAUUUUGACCACUUUCACUUAAAAAAUUAGCCAGAGCUGUUGUCUUGCCCCUUUCAAGAAAGUUUCCUUUGGUAGUUGUAUUCCGGAUUCCAAAUUUUACUAUUCCAGAUUCCCACUGUAGCUUACUAACAAAUCCUCGACUUCCAUUCAAUUUCGAGAUCGAUUCCUUACAAUGCAUGCUAAAAGAAGUUUCGUUGAAGAACUGGUGCUCCUUUUCCUCUUUCUAGACGCUUCUCCGGUCAAAAACUUUUCACACUGCAGCUCAUCGAUCUACAUCUGUAGUUCAGGUCUGUUGAAAUCCCCUUCUUUCUUUGUCGUCUCGGCCACUUGCGCCCUACAAGACACGAUUAAGGGAAGCAAGGUUUUGAGUAACAAGAAGUAACGGUCCGAAAGAGAGAUUUCGUGGCCACGAUCGACCGCGGACAUGGCAGCAAAACAACAAGAAUAGGUACCGAUGGGGUACAUGUGGAGGCUAGGGAUAAGUUGUUAACGUUGUCAUUAACCUUGAGAUUUUGUGAACUUGCUAUGCUGUAAAUGUAGGAAAAGAAGAUUUUGUCAGAUUGAAUACAGGGCAAGUUUGGGUGGUGCAAUGAGUGCACAGGGCUUUGUUCCAAGUAACAUGAAAUGGGACUCAAAGUUUGCCAAGUUCAAAAUUUGGGGUACCCAGCACUAAAGAUAUGUACAGUGGUUGGUCAAAAAGGAGUUACUCCCAUGAGAAGAAAAGCUGGCGUCGCUCCACAUCUUUCAGCCAAAACGUUUUCUUUGUAUAUCACUUUUAUUUCAGUUUUGUUUUUUAAAAGAGGAUUGUAGCGUGCAUUUGUGUAGAAGAGGUAAUAGAUUAGACAAGGAAGGAUACUGGAAUAAGGCUAUAAAGGAGGUUAAGUAUUAAAAAAGGUAGAGUUUGCAUGAAAAGCUGAAAUGAGACAAAAGUAUUUUACAACAAGACGCUCAGAAGUGUUUGCGUUGGAUGCAUUGGUGAUGCAUGCAGCAAGUUUCAAUUGUUACUGUAGUAAGAAUAAAAUGUCUGCAUGUGUCUCAUGUUAGGGUUGGGAGUUUGUGAUAAUGGAAAAUGGCAGGAAAAAAGGGAAACACAGAGAAACUGUUAAAUAAUUCAAAUACUUUAAUUCUCUUAGUGGUCUCAAUGGGUAUUUUAACAAUGGUACUAGUCAUAUAAACGCCAAGAAUUUGCUUUUUUUUUGUAAUUACAAACUUUAACAUAACUUGUAUAGUAAUAACACUCUAGCUAACCGCAACAGAACGAAUUAGAGUACAAAUACAGUGAACGACAACCAAUUUAGACAUGUUUCAAUGUACUUUUCAAGGAAAUCUUAAAUGCGUUUUAAGGUGUUUACGUUCAAAUGGAAAUAGUUUUGCUAAAGAGAUGUGAUUUGGGAAUGUGUGAAGUUCUUCUUGAGGGACAUUUCUUUUAAGAUGAAUGUUCUUGAAGUGUUUCCAUGACAACUUCCUUAUUUAAUGAGUUUCGUUGUGCUAUGUUGUAACUAAAUUAUUUCGUUGAUUUCCUAUUCAAAAAAACAUAACGAUUUGUUGAUUCCACGGAAUGAUGUAGAUAAUUCUCACAAAACAAUUUUUCUUGGUAAGUGUAACAAAGGACUAAUGCACGAAUUUCAGUGCUUUAACGGUAACAAACCGGCUUAUGCCACGGUACUAUGAAAUAACGCAAGAUAAAUAAGCAUCAAUGUUCUUUUUUAAGCUUGACUUUGAUCUGAUAAUAGUCCAAAAUGCUUAGUUUUCCUCAAAAGAGGCUUAGCUUCGCUCCAUAGAGGCUUAGUUACUCUUCAGUUACUCUCAAAAGAGUCUCCGUUUCCCUCAAAAGACGCUCAUUCAUUCUUAGGAAAGGUUCAAGGUUCGCGUGUUUGCGAGCAACGGGUUCGCCAUGUUAGCUUGUUGGUCCUUUCCACUUCGUUCGAAAUGUUUAGGGUUCUUACGUCCAUGUUGGCCGUGGUAUGAAAACGGAAGCAACUCCCAUAAACACGCAACAACAGGCAACAGGCCUAGGGUGUUCAAACGGACGCAAAAUGUAACAUCCAACAAUGUUGGGAGCUGUUGGCCGUUUGCACGGGGCUUAAGGUUGCAGACUGAUGAAACUGGCUUUCAUCAACUUGAUUAUCAGUAUGGCUGAUAUGAUUACAAUUUGGUUAAAGAAUGUUAUUUUUUUUUAAAGGCGUCGAAAGGUUCUCUGCACAGGGCUUCUGUAAGUGGACAACACGAGACGGUUAAAGAGCUUCUUGAGAGUGGUCAAGAUGUGGAUCAAAGUGACGAGGUAUUAGUCUUUUUCAGUUUAUGUAAAUCUAAUGUUAUGCCCAGCCUCUCGCGUUCGCGUCACUUGCGGAUUCUUUUUCUUCAUAGUGAAUAACAAAAUUGGGCGAACGGUUUGAAACGCCCUUAAAUAACAGUCCACAGAUCAAGUUAAGGGAAUUUUGAAAUGUCUUGACAACAAGAGUUGCACAGUGGGAUGUUAUUCUCGUGGGGCGAGUUAUUAAGGGAAAAACAGGAAUUCGCCAGUUAUUUUAGCCAAAAUUGUACUAAAAUAUCGACGUCUGCAGUGAGACUACCCAGUCUUUUGGAAACAUAUAAUUUGCUGUGUCAUGCAAUGUAUUUUAUAGAACUACAUCGUUGACAUUCUUUUAUAUCCUACGUUAAGAUAGCCCCAUCAAAUGAUGCUUAAACUGUGGAAUCUCGCGGGCUGCAUUCAAUGGCUAUAUUCAUUCGUUAGUGAAACAGGAAAAGACGGGUCGCAAGAUUAUCGUGCGUUCGCGUAAUUCGCUUGCUCUUACUAGUUUACCAUGAGAGAACCUGAAGGGACCACUCCUAGUCAGUUUGAGGACUAUUUGAAUGAACGUUUUCAAAUGGCACAAUCCGACUAUAUGGAAAGGUUGCAGGCAUAUCUUUAACGCUUCCAAAUCUAAGAUGUCAUGAGGCAAUAAGCUAUGUAAUUAUUUUUUGUUGUGUGCAGCGUAGUGUAUAUGCCACUUAAUCCUGGUUUUUGUUUCAUUAAAAUUUCAAAAGCUAUAGCGUAUACUCAAUGGUACAUCAAGUCACGUUCUACCAGCCAAACGCAACUAGUUUUUAUUGCUUCCUGCAGAUCAGCCCGUUGCCGCCUCCCGAUCGGAGACCUUCUGAUUCUGGCUCAGAAUCACCAAAAGAGCGCGAAGAAGAAAGCCAGGUAGGUUAGGCUCGGUUCAAACGUCGAAUUUCACAUGUGCCGAACUUAACGCGAGAGUUAAAUGCAUGUGAAGUGCGACGUUUGCAUCAAUUAAAUCCGUCUGUUUAAAUUAAAUGCGACGUUUGCCGUAUCUGCGAAUGAAACAGUCGAAGAUUCGACUUAGGUUCGACUUUUGAUUCAAACGUCGCAUUUCACAUCUGCCGAACUUAAUGCAUGAAUUUUAGAAAAUUAUUAUUAUAUUACUGGGAAUAUUGACGGCGAACAGAGUUAAAUUCGACGUUUGAAUCAAAUGCCUUAUGUAACUAUUUCAGGCGACUAAAAUAGGAAUUAAGUUCGGCACAUGUGAAAUUCGACGUUUGAACUGGACCUUAAGAACGUUUGGGAUGGUUGUACUGUUGUAACCUAUGUAACUGUUACCAUGUGUCUGUUACAAAGAGUGUGCCUCUAGAUUCGCUCGUACAAAGUGGAACUAUUAUUAUAUCUCAAGUAUGUCUAAUGCCGUCACUGAAAACCUCUUGUCGGUAAGAUUUGGUGAGAAUGUUUUUACCUCUUGCAUAAAGAAUAAUUAAUAUGCUUUUGAUAAUUAAAACGUUUUAGCCCCCGUGGGACACAAGGCUAUGAACAGUUUAUAAGACAAAAUUUUGCCUGUGCUACAUCUUUAAAAACGCUUAUAUUUCGGCUUUUUUAGAGGCGAUUUAGAUGAAACUUUACAGAGACAUCGUAGAGUGAUAGAAGUUUAGGUUGGUUGUUUUUUUAUUUGCUAGUUCGCGCCUUAAGGCAAUGCUUUAAGCUAGAGUUACACCAAACUGGAAAAUUGUGAUUUUGUGUCCAAAUUUGCGUAAAGAAUAGAAGACAGCACUCUGAGAUUUUAUUAAUAAACGAUCAGUCAAACCCCCUAGUGUGUCAUGUAUAGAGCAAAUUUUACAAUUUAAAGAUUGCUUGCAAGAUAUAAUCGUUUAAUUGAGUAAAAUCUGUCAUCCCUGAAAUUAACGCCUGAUAUCUCUUUAUAAAAGCACUCUUUUAGAAUUCCGCUCUAUAUAUUUGUUUCCUUAUUAUUGAAUGAUUGAUUAGGAACUACUUAAACAACAUGUACAUUACCGCAUCUAUAUCAAUAAAGAACUACUACAAAUACACAAAAGACACUUCCUACGUAUAGUACUAAUGCAACUAUUACUACUAUUACAAAAACACAAGAAGCAAGAUGUAUUUUAUUCCCACCACCACGGCAGAAUAACUGAGAUUUUUCCCACUUACAUUCUCAGUCGGCUACUUUGUUAUUUUGUUUCUUUUCUGACUGGUGAACAUGGCUGACUUUAUUUUUAAAAAAUUGCAAAGGAAGGAUAAGUGCAUUAAUUACGGCAUUCAUAAAAUAUGUCGCUUAGCUACGACUAACAUGUGAUUAAUAAACAAGUAAUAUUCUUUCCUUUUCCAAAAUCCAAAAGUAUGUCGCUGUUUGAAAGGUCCCUUAAGAUUAUGUUCAGUUUAUUACAUCAAGUAAUGAAGUCCGACCAGAAACUCUAAGGAACAUAUAAUGAACAAGACGCUAUCGAAGCGUACACUUAGGCGUCGUUGUUGGGAGGAUUUUUUGGUGUGUCAGGCACGUGUGAGGGCCGUAGUGUUGUUAAUUGGGUUAGUUGAGAUGGGUUGAUAUGGAGACGUGGAGUCAUAGUGUACGUUUCUUGGUAUGUAAAUACAGUCGAACCUCCACUAAAGGAAAAUGUUUCUAUUUUCAAUACUGUGAGAUAUGGUUGCAUCGCCAUUAUAAUGGUCAAUUCCAAGCGUGUCCCUCCCCCCAAAGGCAUCAGUCAAGUGCUGGCAUCUCCUUUGGCUCUAGACAUCUGAACUAGAACGAACAAACUCUCGUCUAUAGCCUAACCCAUCAAUUUCAAUCACUCUUGCGAGAUUUACGUCCAAUUAUCGGAAGAAAUCGCUCCGUUUCUAUGUAAAAAACAACAUUCCUCCAAACUGAAAAGUAUCCCUGUGUACGUGUUGCUUUAAAAUGUCGAAAAUGCGUCGCUAUAAUUUCGACUCAUGUUAAACUUAUCAAAAAACAGUUCUAAAACAGUAAAACAGUAACAAUUCUUAACUAAGGGGAAAUUUUGGACCACAAUAUAGUUUCAGUUUUUGUGUUUUUCCUUUAUUUUAUUAUUACUUGGGCGGUGCGCCAAGUAAAGGAUUCGCAACGGUCAGGAAUGUUCCAAAGUUGCUUUUUUUGGGACAAGCUUGGGCACGCAAAGUCCAUUGGUUUUCGUUUCGAGUCGGCUUUUUAACGAAGUGAGAGUCGAAUUAGUUCGAGAUUUCUCGAGAUCACUUCGAGUUCUUUGAUUUAUUUUUUUUCUUAUUCGAGGAAUUAAAAAGAAGCGACUUUUUAAGACAUCUAGGUGUGAAAAAAUUGCGUAAAAACUUUUCUUUAAAACAUUUAAGAAAUUUUUCAAAAGUUAAAAAAUAUAUACGACGCUUCGACGUUGUCGGACGUCAAUCAAUUAAAAAAAUUUACGGAAUUAAUGUUCUAUAAAUAGAGGAAAGACAAUAGUUUAAAAAGAAAAGUAACAUAUAAAAAUAUGUUACAAGUUAAGCAAAGAGCUUAGCACCGUAACGUAACUAAUUAACAUCAGUACACUACCUCACAAAACUUGCUGAAAAUGCACAAUCUCCACACCGAAGAUAAUUCAUGUACAACAUCGCAACAUAAACUAGAAAUACGUAUCUCGCAAUAACCCCCGAGAAACUUGGUUUCUUAGUAGCGCCACUCAAGUUAAGCCCUGUCGGGCGGGGUGAGGAACUGGAUAGGUAACUCACAGCGAACAUUGUCGUGAAGGUCACUACUUUAUUCUUUCUUUUCUUUUUCUUCUUUUUAGCCUAUUUUGUGGUGUUAUGUUUAAAAGUGUAUUGAAAAGCAUAUGUAUCAUUAUUUCGGCCGAUGGAUUUAGAAAAAAAACACAAACACGGCAGUACAGUUCGCGGGAAAAUUAUUAUAAGCUUACUUCGGGCUGUAGUAUAGAACUGAAACUUUGAUCUAUCGGCGGGGGAUUUAACGGGGAAGCUAAUAAAUUUGGGUUCUCCACGAUGUAAAACGAAUUCCAAGCUAGAUUUCAGGGGAAAAAGACAGGGUUUCGACGGUAAAAAGCCAAACUGAAAUGCACUUUGGAGAAACAUCACGCGACAUAACAGGACAUAAGCAAACUCGUCUGAGAAGUGAGAUGCAUUGAAAAUUGCUCUUGUGUCUCGAUUUUCGCUCGUAUUUUGAAGCUACUAGCCCAAACUGCUUAAAUGUUUUCUGUAAAAUACUUUGGCAUUCAAUAUUUCUAGCCAGAAUAAUAAAUAAAAAUAAAUCAAAAAACGCGAAGAUAGCUCGAACUAAUUCCGAAGCAAUUUCGGGACAUCUAAAUUUACAAACAAGUGACUGAACAGUGUGCGAAAGCCAACAAACUCCUUGGCUUUGUGCGCCGAGCUUCUAAGUACAUCCAUAGCGCCCAAACGCGUCGUACACGUUAUCUUUCUAUGCCAUCUCGGCUAUGCAACCCAAGUAUGGUCGCCACAGUCCAUUGGCUUACUAAAGCGAGUUGAAAACGUGUAGCGCCGUGCAACAAAACUAAUUUUGAAGCUUCCCUUCUGUUGCGAUGUACGAGUAUCCUCUGUACUCUCCAUGGCUGCUGGACAUCUUUCAUCAGCGCGGAAAAGUUAUUGACAGCUCGCCCGCUACCAAAAGCUCAUCCCCCAAGUGACACAAAAUGUCUCACUUCUCCGAGUUUGUCUAGGCCUCAAAAACUUUCUCGGACCACGUGACCCGAAACGCAUCGGCCGCGCAUAAUAACGAGGCCUAGGGACUAGGCAAGGUAACCACUUAAGAAAGCGGUCAAAAAUAGGGUACUUUACCAUGGGGAAAAUUGUAAUAGAGAGCAAUUAAUAUCACUGUAGAUUACCACGUCUUAAUAUGGUAUAUAAUCGACUCUCUAGGACUCACAAACUAUUUUAUCACGCAUCAAACGAAAAAACCUAAGGUUUUUUAGUGAUAUGAGGUGUUCUCUUACUUUCUGAGUGGCGACCUUGAAGUAUUUCGUAUCCGUGGUGCGGUUAACGCGCAAAUCUGUCAUCGAACCACCAUGGCACAGCAAUGGCUAAAAUCGUUCUCGCGUUGCCAAUCUGGAUUUAUCCUUUAGAAUUGCCUCUCGGUCCGAUUAUUUUUAUCAGAAAGUGGUUUUGUUACGAGUUUAUGGAUAAUUGAGACCAUUGGCCUUAGAUCUUACUUGAUCCAUCUUACUUGGAGUGGUGUCAAAAGUUAAUGACCUAAGGCAGACUUGACCUUCGUUCAUGUAAUCUACUUUUUAUUGCAUCAAGGCUUAAUACCAAGUCUGAUAGUUUUGUUUCAUAGCAUCAAGAACCUGGUGCCACAGCUGUUGAUGCUUUCAGUAUUACCUAGGCUAAUUUCAAUUGUUACGCUUUUCCUCAGUUUUAGUCAGCUGUCUCGAGUUUCGGCCUCGUUAAACACAAAAUUCUUCCAAAUUUGGUCAUCAGCAACUGGUUAUGGUGAAUUAUGCGUGUGCUUUUAGCCAAUCAGAAUUGGGGAAAUAUUUUGAAUGAAUAAUAAUAUACAUUUUUGCGUCUUCGAGAAGAGAUUAAACUUGAUUUGGCGCAAAUUUUGUUUUAUAAGAGCAGAUAAUUUAUAACGUACAAGCUCACAGAGCUAGAAAUGGGACUAGAACUGACUUGAUCUAGAACAACCAGUACUGCAGUAUUGAUGCCCCUGCAAUAGAUGCAACAUUUAUCAAAGUUAGGAAAAAAAGAGGCUUUAGUUUUGUUAUGCUCUCUUUUUGAGAAAGUGCGAGAGAGUGAGAUACUUAUCUGCCAGCUUGGCACAAGGAGGGUGGGCGGUUAUACGGGGGACUGGGCGCUAAUAUGAGCACGGCUUCUUAUUCUGCAAAAUGGGUUAUAAAAGGAAGGUGGGUAGUAGUUUCCUUUGUAUCUAAAAACCUCCAAGUGAGUCAUUUUUCUUGACACUACUCUUUUGAAAUUGUAUGAAUUCACCGAAAAAUAUCAUGUCAUUUAUAAAUUGACAUUUCUCAAUUAUUUCCUUUCCUAAUCUUCCUAGGACAAGAAACUGGUCCUGACCCAUAUGGAAAGAGCUGAGAGAGCAAAGGUAAGUUCAGUGCGAUAUUUAGUGUAUUGUCAGCUUAUUGUGCAUUUAAGAGAAGUAAAAUAAAUCCGUCUUGUUGAAGACUAGCACAUGAAUUAAAUUCAGAAGAGGCGGGGUUUAUUACUACAGGCAGCAUCGUUAUUCAACUGUUUGAGCAGCGAGUCACCUUACUUUAUUGGAGUUGUGAGGAAUGUUAUAGGGAAUGCUGGAAGGGGCGGAGUAAAAGCCAGGAUAGUUUUACCCUGAAGAGGGGGUAUCUACUAGAAAAUCAACUAAUGUAAAUUGAUUGGGUAUGCAGGCUGUAGAAUUUUUAUUCACCUUGCGAUUUACUUAACUUUUUAAACAGGCAUCGAGAGGCCCUCCACACAAGGCUGCUAUCAGUGGACAAUACGAGACGGUCAAAAUGCUUCUUGAAAGUGGUGAAGAUGUGGAUCAAAGAGAUCAGGUUUUAGUCAUAUCCAUUUUAUUCAAAUGCCGUGUUAAGGCCGACCUCUCGCGUUUGUUUCAGUAGCAGAUUCUCUCUGAAUAUUAAAACAGCGUAGCAAUUUCAGUUAUCUGUGAAAAGUUGAGCCCCAUAAACCAAAUACUUUCGGCGAAAUUAUCCGACAAAAACUUGAAACUUCCUAAAGAUUGUAUAGACUCAUUAACGUCUUUACCACUCAGCAAUUUCGCACUUUUCGAUAGCUACUAUUUUCCUUGGUAUUACUUGCAAGGAGCUGAAAUUGCACAAAUUGUUUAAAUUAACCAACUCUUUUAAUUAUCGUGUAAUGCCGCGUAUGAGUCUACUAUCCAUUUCACAAGUUAAGUAAAAUCACUCCACACAAGUUCUUGAAAGGCCACCAUUGUUACGGACCAGCUGGCUUCUUUCAACCUCACCUAACUGUGUUGGUUUUUCCUAUUUUCGGUAGUUUUUUCUGACCCCUCUUCAUCUUGCCUGUUGGUAUGGACAGGAAUCUGUUGUCAAUCUAUUGUUAAAACAUGGUGCAAACGUCAACGCUGAAGACAGGGUGAGUUAGUGAACUUUUAGUGCCGGCAAGGACGAAAACGUUUUGUAUUGAAUGUUCCAUUGCUCAGCCAAAUACAGUUGCUCUAAUUCCAUCUGUGGUAUCCUUUAGUCUCACCUGUAUCACUUCACCAGAGUCAUUGUUAAGUUUCCUCCUUUUCUCCUAAAUAUUUAAGCGCCUUCUCCAUCAUGGCUUCUAUACCACUUAAGUGAAUAAGCCACUUUACAACUGUCAAAGGGGGUUUGAUGACUUAGUGCGCUUGUAACAGAAAAUGAAUCAGGGGAUUAUUGCUAAUUACAAUCCUAUAAGACCAAAUCAUGUAAAGAAUUAAAAGCAGCAACAAUAACGAAAAAGUGCUUAGUUCUCAGAGGAUAACCAAACGCUUUUUGGUUGUUUGUUUUUUGUUUUUGCUGAUGUUUUUUAAGGCUGACAUUAGAUCUUGUUACAAAACUAUUUAGUUUAAGAUGUCGCUGUGGUAAAUAGCAAGUGGUAAUUAACACGUAUUAAAGUGCUUAUAAUGGUUUUAGUUUCAACGUACACCGCUGCAAAAAGCUGAACGUCAAAACCACCACUCCGUAAUGCAGUUGCUGUUGAAGAAUGAUGCCAGGCCAAGUAAUCAACCAGUAAGAUAUCAGAUUUGUCUUCCCUGUGUCCUUUGUGCCAGGCACUCUUUCUCUUACACUUUCUUAAAUAUCUACCUAAAAUCAUGAACAUUUCUGUAGGACCUACACAUUAUCAUACGAGUGUUUUACUCGCUUUUAUCUUUGAAAUACCUUAUAUUUGUUUUUUUCUAUAGCUAAAUUAAUUUCAUAAAAGUCGUCACGUCUAUCCGGACGUCACGAUGCACUUUAUUAUUUCUUUGAAAUUAUUGACAUUAGCCGACUUACUUGGGAUGUCGAUUGCUCUGCAGAUACACCCUUCCCCCUUGCCUCCAUUGAAUUUUUGUUUUGUUGUAGGAUCUGCCAAAGGGUUAAACAUUUAUUAGAUAUCUUGUAAUGAGCACUACAAUGUCAUCUAAAUAUUACAGGAUGUGACAGGGGCUUUGCUUCUCAAAUUUCCCCAAAUGGACUAGAACUUACAAUCGGUGACAAAACUGUACUUGAGAUGCUUUGUUCUCGGCGAAAUUCUUCCUAAUUAGUGGAUAUUACCUACUUGAAAAAGAAAAAAGACAAUCUUUUCCCUCUUUUCUCCCCUAAACAAUGUUUCGCCGCUGCUCAAGUUAAAACAAGUUAACGUCAGCAUCGUUCCCAGUCGUCCUCGGCGAUUUCGGAUGUGACGUCACCUGUCAAGCUUGUCGGGAAAAUUCACCGAGAACUCGCACUAUCGCACUUGGUUCCAAGCCUCCUCUGGUAACUCGCAUAGCGCGAACUGGCCUGGCUACGAGGCUGAGUUAACGUUAGUUGGGAGGGCCAAGGGAGAGUUCAGAAUGUUUUGGUUCGAAAACUUUACUUUAUUUGACGACUCAAUAAUUGUCUCAACAAUCACAUGUACGUCCCCGACAAGAGCAAUUUUCAUGCUUUUCAAACUCAGAAAUAUAUUCAUGCUGUUAUGACUAAUCUUGCUGGAGGUAAGAAGAUGCUAGCGAGCCGCAAAACCACAAACUAAUUACCGUUGCUGUUUGCAGCCUAGUUUUCCCACACCUGAUUCGCUUUUUCCUCUCUAAACAAUAACCUUCCAGAUAUAUUUUAUGAUGUUCACAGUUUUCUCAGUUUGACAGGGAACAUUUUGCACAAAAAAGUACGAGAACCUCACAUUUCUGGUUGAAAGUGGCCUGACCUUUUGUCACCUAUGACGUCAUCUCUUGCAAACAUAGCAACAGACUACCAAAACAUUUUAUGUAGAAUGUCCUAUUUGCAAUAAGAAUACAGGGGAAGCUCGUUUAUCUUUUUUCUUCCAAAAAGACUUAAAGUUAGUGUCAAAUGAAUUACCUCGUUUAAUUUGCUCAUAAACAUAAUCAUUUUUAUUAUAGGUAAGUUUAAAGAAUCUCUCAAGAAAAGCUUUCUUACAAGUGGAUAAAAAGUCUGGAUUUAAUCUGCUCCAGGCUGCUGUCUUUGAGCAAGAUAACAACAUGAUUUUAAAAGCUUCUGUCCUUCUUGAUAACUUUGUUAAAGAGAUGGAAAAUGUUAUAACGGGAUAUAACGCCGCCAAGUUUUUAGCUGGGAAAACUGCAGCUGAUAUAUUAGUGCAGAGGUUACUAACUAGAACAAUAUACGAUGAACCGAUGCUUCAUGCUACUCAAAGACUUUAUAAAGAGUGUGCUGAGGAAAACAGGCAGCUAACUGAGCUGCAGUGGGGUACAUGUAUUGAUGAUGCGGAACAGGCAGUUGAACUUGUAUUAACUGACAGUGUAGAUGUUAAUGCCUCAGGAUCAGACAAUGAUUACACAGCCUUGUUGCAUGCAAGUCGGUCAUCCUCAAGUCAGUUCAUUGAGACCCUCAUUGACCUUGGGGCCGACGUUAAUGCUCAAAGGAGAGAAACUAAAGUUACACCUCUGUUAUUAGCAGCUGACUGUAACAGCUACAUGGCAUCCUGUUUGCUUGUAGAACAUGGAACUGAAGUAAAUGUUCAGGAUAGAUAUGGGUUAACAGCACUGCACUUGUCAGUCAAAAAGAAUCAUGACCAUCUCGUCAGAUUAUUAGUUACAAACAAAGCGAAUGUAAACAUUGAAGAUAAUCAUGGAAAUACACCUUUGCACUGGUGUGCUACAAAUGGUAACGAAAACCUCUGUAGAUUGUUACUUGAACACAACGCAGAUGUAAAUAUUCAAAAUAAAGAUGGAGAUACAGCAUUGCACGUGGCAGUCGAAAACAGCUAUGAUGAAAACCUCUUAAGAUUGUGUCUUGAACACCACGCGGAUGUAAAUAUUCAAAAUUAUAGAGGAUAUACAGCAUUGCACUUGGCAGUGGAAAUGAGUGAUGAGAACCUCGUCAGAUUGUUACUUAAACACAAUGCGAAUGUAAAUAUUCAAUGUAAGAAUGGAUAUACAGUAUUGCAGUUGGCUUUCAAAUUGCGUGAUGAAAACCUCGUAAGAUUGUGUCUUGACAACCACGCGGAUGUAAAUGUUCAAGAUAAUGAUGGAUAUACAGUAUUGCACUUGGCAGUCAAAGGGGGUGAUGAGAACCUCAUAAGAUUGUGUCUUGAACACCACGCGGAUGUAAAUACGCAAAGUAAAGAUGGAAACACACCCCUGUUCCAGGCAGUCAUCAGAAAUGACGAAAACCUCGUCAGGUUGUUACUUGAACACCACGUGGAUGUAAGUAUUCAAAACAAAGAUGGAUAUACACCCCUUCACAUGUCAGUCAUGUUAAAUAAUGAAAACUUCCUUAGAUUGUUUCUUGAACACAAGGUAGAUGUGAAUUCUCAAAGUAAAGAUGGAAGCACUCUCCUGCACCAGUCAGUCAAGAGUCAUGACGAAAACCUAGUCAGGUUGUUACUCCAACACCACGCGGAUGUAAAUAUUCAAGAUGAUAAAGGAUGUACACCCCUUCACCGGUCCGUCAGAACAGGUGUCGAAAACCUCGUUAGACUGUUACUUGAAUACAACGCGGAUAUAAAUAUUCAACAGAAAGAUGGACUCACACCGUUGCACCUGUUAGCCUCUUACAUGGGCGAGAAUUGCAGUCAGUUAAUCGAUCUCCUCUUUCAGUAUGGGGGGCAAAAUAUAGACAUCUGUGAUGCAAAAGGUUUGACCCCUCUUCAAAGGGCAGUGACACGUGGUAACGCACAAGCUGUGAAAAGGCUCGUUGAUCUAGGAGCUGAUGUCAGUGUGGUUAAGGAU